UCACGGAAGGUGUGAGCUCUCGCCGUGCCAGGCACUGAGAAUACAGCUGUGAGCAAAACCAGGCUGCAUCCCUGCCCUCAGGGGGCGCGCAUUUGGCGCCCAAGAGCUCCUAAACUGAGGUGCUGAUGCGGGCCCGGCUGAACGACACGCUCCGGACACGCUGAGGAUGAUGCGGCUGACGAGGAGGCCUCCCGGCUUUGCGGGGAUGCUGCGGCUCAUCCAGAAGACCGAGGCCUGGGAGGCCGGCCCGGCUAGCAGGGAGCACUUCCCAGGGCAGGAAGAGGCCCGUGUGGACGUUGGAGUCCUGGCAGCAGCCGCCCAGGCCGCCGCGGCCCAUGAGGCCAUCACCGCAGGUACCACUGCACAUGGCACCAAGGCCUCCCCGGCCGGUGAAGAUGCCACCGCCCAGGCCGCCCGUUCCAAGGAAGGGAGCGCCGAGGACCACCCGGCACGUGAGGAGGCCAGUGGGGCAGUUGCCGGCACUGCCAAGGCUGGUGAGGCGGGCCCUGAAGACCAUGGUGCCGCCAGGGCAGCCCCUGAAGACCAUGGUGCCGCCAGGGCAGCCCCUGGCCCUGGGGAGACCAGCAAGGCGUCCGCGGCCACUCAGGAAGAUGGAAGUGCUGCCGCCCCUGCGGGCCUAGGUCAGGCAGUUCCCUCAGAUGCCCCCAGAGUCCCCAUGCCUGGCCUUAUGGGCAGUGCUUCCCCGGUGGCCCCAGGAGGUCCUGGCUGGGAGCCAGAGGGCCUCGCCCAGGCAGGAGGCCAGGAGGCCGAGGAGAGCCCCGAGGAGGGGCUCAAGCCCAUCCCAGAAGAGCCGGGAAAUGAGGACGGGGCUGCAGAGAUGAGCCCCCCGGGGUCCACCUCGGGCCAGUAGGCUCAGCAGGUCCCGGGGCCCCCAGGCUUGGAGGCAGGGGGAGGCCAGGCCUGGCAGCCUACUGGCCCCAUAUUAGGGGCUACUCAAGGUGCCUGGGCCUCCCUCCUGAGAGGGGACCCCUAUUCAUCAUCCCCUGGGGCAGGUUGCUCCCUGUACUGGCAAGCCCAAAUGUGUCCCUCUAGGCCCCAGAGGGACCCAGGUGUCAAGGAACCCCCCAGCCCCCGCUCCCCUCCCCCCAACACACACACCCUAGCCAUCGCCCCCCCGCAGAGCCCUGAGGUGCGCCACGUGCCAGCCAAGGCUCUGGUCUCUGUGGGCCAGUGUCGUGAGCUCAACGUGUGCUUUCUGGGCAUAGAUUCAGGCCCAGCGCUGCCUGUUGUUGUGGAAAUGUGCGUGUGUUCCCCUCUGAGCAGUUCCCCCAACCCCUGCGCGGCGUGGAGACCCCGAGCCCAGUCCCAGGAGCCGGCGCGAAGGACGGGAUGGACGAGGUCAGAGCCAGCACCCAGCCCAGGACCUGGGAUCCCACCUGGGACCUUGGGAAGGAAGACCUUGACCGUGGCUGCAGGAGGUCUGCGGGAGGCCCCCAGGGCUUGGGUUCUGCCGGGCCACCCCGUUGUUCCUCGGGACUCCACGUCCCCGGCUCGGUGGCGCGCGCCCUGCUGUGGGACUGUCCUGUGCCCGCCAUCGGGCAGGGCCGGGUCCCGGGCAUGUGGGCCAGAAAUGGAGGGUCUGCCCUGGGGGGAGCGGGCAUGGCCGGCGCCCAUCUUCCUGGCGAGACGCCACCCGCGGGGCCCUCAGGAAGGGAGACUGUGGGGAGACGGAGGGCCGCCGGGUGGGGUGUAGCGGAGGCACCUUUUGGAGGACCCUGGGGGGGGGGCCGGGACCCGUGGGCUCCGGUGGCCGUUAGAAGUUUCUCUGUGUGUUGUUAUGCCCUCUGUUCAAUGGUUUCAGUCAAUGUUUCUGUUUAAUAAAUUUCCCUGAACGUUU